UCAGUGUCCAACUCGAAUAAAAACAAAACAAAACAAAAUAAAAAUUGAAAUUUGAAAUAAAAUUUUGAAAUUUAAAUAUCAAUUUUUGGUGACGAAAGUUCUUCAAACACGUAAAAUUUGCCACACUCUUUUAGCUGCGAUGUAGCAGAACGUAUACGAAAAGAUUGCUAAAUUAUUUUCCAAUAUGCAGUAUGUACCGUUUGCAAUUCAAUUUUUCAUAUUCGAAAUACCCAAUAAAUGAUCCUAUUUCUACUUUGAGUUCAAACACAAUAAAUCAAACGAAAACGAUCGUGUUCGCGUGUUUUUUCAAAUUUAUCAUCCGUACUUUCUACGGAAAUCAUUAAAGAAACACGUUACAUUUCGUGGCCUUAUAAUGGAAACAUAUCAAGAUUUCGAUUUUCCGGCCGAGCUACGUUGCCAACCUCAAUGUCUGGUUGCAUUCAUAGGGCUGGAUUACGCGAAUAAUCCGAUCCAUAAAAACAUCUGGGAAAUGUUCUCUCAAAAUCGACAUUUAGAUCGAGCACCAAUCGAGUUCAUUCCACUUUCAUCGGAUUGUCCACUCCCAGUUCAGAAACCCAAAAGAACUUCGUACGAAUGGUAUGUUCCAAAAGGCAUUUUGAAAACCAACUGGAUGAAUAAACAUCUUCGUUUAGUGCCCUCUGUAAUCGUGUUAUUCUACGAAGUCGAAUGGGAAGAUCCUCACUGGACUGAGAAAAAAUUAGAAUGUGCUUCACUCAUUCAUUCUAUCAAUUCGACCAUCGAAGGAAGAAAUAUAAAAAUCGCUUUGGUCUUGAUUCAAAAGAGUUCGGCUGUUGUUAAUACAGGUUCAGAUGACGCGUUGUCGAUGGAAAGAGCAUCUGAAUUAUGCGCAGCUUGCGAUUUAAAUCCUAAAUUGUUGUUAUUACUGCAUCAUAACGAACACUUACAAGGAUACAUCGUUAGACUCGAGAACGUGUUUUACGAGCUAGCUCAGAGUUACUAUACUCAAGAAAUCCGUAACAUUAAGGGUCACAUUGCACACUUGGUUAAAACCUCGCACCAAUAUUUAUUCGUAAGGCAUCAGUUCAAAAUUGCUUUUUUCAACGAAAUGAAGCGUGAUCUGAACACUGCUCACAAACAUUACACUUUGGCCAAUUCUAACCUACUCGAAUUAAGAAUGUCCGAUGCGAAUAUCAACGACAUCAAAAUCGUCGGAUCGUUUAUUACGUAUAAAUUAUGUAAAAUUUAUUUCGCUUUGAAUCAGCCUCGAGACGCUAUUAGUCAAUUCAAUGCUCACAUCGAUCGAUUUCGUGGAAAAACUGGAAUCACUGAGUUACUUUUCGAACAUUACAUAUGGCUUUCGAAACAGUUCGCUGUUUUCGGCGAUUUAUUCGAAGAAGCUGCUAGACAAGGAUUACCGGCGGUUCAAGCUCGCCAUCCUGGAUUCUAUUACGAACAAGCUGCGCAAUACGCCUCUCAACGUAAAAAAUUGGUUGUCGAUGUGUAUAAAGAUCCCAUUCAGUAUCCGGAAAACGAUCCAUUAUUAGGCUGGGAGAAAAUCGAGUUUUACGGUCAACGUCCUUGGCGAUUAGGAAAUCGUUCCGAGCAAUUUGAUACUGUAAGGGAGCAACUGGCUGUGCUCGCUUUACAAUACAGAGAGAAAUACGUUGUUGAUCAUUCCGCGAUAAUCAUUAGUUAUCUGGGCAACGCUAUCGGACAAUUUAAACUUUAUAGAUCGCCGAGAAAAAGAAGAUAUCUAGCUGUUCAAAUGGCUAAUGAAUAUUAUAACUCGAAAGAUUAUGGGAAAGCAUUAACGCUAUUCACUCACAUGCUAUGGGAAUAUCGUAAUGAUAAAUGGUUAGAACUGACUGUGGAUCUAUUGAAAAAAGCUCUGAAUUGCGCUUACUUGACGGCUAGUUUACAAGAAUAUACCGAAUUAUCUAUCGAGGGUCUUUAUUUAUUCUCUAACGACGAUAAGUUACGAAUUAUGAAUAAUAUUGCGGCCAUUAUACAGAAAAUGAACCCGCAUCCUGAACCUUUAUUGAAUGAAACAGAUAUUUCGAAGGCGAUCGAAUUAUGGUCCAAUUUAGUUCAUACCCCAGCAGUGAAAUUCAUAAAUGUCGAUAUGCAUUCCAGUACCUCUUUCGUAUACUGCAAAGCAGCUUUUCAUCAAAACGAUAGCGAUGCCGUUGGUGUAGAAAUAUGGCUUUGCAACGAGUUCCCAGCUGAUUUGAAUUUUUCUCAGUUAGCUAUCGGUAUCGCUAGUCCUUCCAGAAAUUCGGAGUUUUUCAUUUUUAAACAAAGUGAGAACGAAACUCAGGGUUUAACUUUGAAAUCUGGCGAAAUAAAAUGCAUACCGUAUAGUUUUAUUCCUCUGGUAUCCGAUAUUGGAAAUGAAUUACAAUUGACUUACGUAUCAUUGACUCUUGGUAAUGAAAACAUCGACAAUAGACUGAUCAACUUACGUUUUUCUGGUAAAUGGAGCGAAUCGGAGGUUUUAAUCAGAGACGACUCGUAUUUUACGUCACAUUCAAAACAGAAAACCCAAUUUUACAAACUCGAACCGAAUCUAUCUGUACAAAUUAAACCGAAAGUAGCCAAAUUGCGAUUUUCUAUCGCUCAUAAACCUCCGAGCUUGAUUUCCGAAUGGUAUCCGGUAGAGAUAGUGAUUAAAAACGAAGAAUCCUUCGUGUGUAAGAAUUGCUCCAUUCAUGUUAGUUUGGCCACUUUGUCUACGGUUUCUGUGGCAACUACUCCGGAUAAUUUGAAUCUCAAGAGUUCCACCGAAAUAUACGAAAAUAUAAGCAGCGAACCCAGCCAAUUACCUUCUGUUAUUGCUAUUGGUAAUGUCGAAGUUGGCGAAACUGUACAGAAAACCGUAUACCUCAAAACACGUUCGGUAGAAACUAGAAAUAUUUCAUUCAAAAUAACGUACAACACGAUGAAUACAGGAGGCGAAGAAAUAUCCUGCGCCAAAGAAGAAACUAUUCAAUUGGAAACCGUAAACGUAUUCGAAGUAACCGCUUCUUUCUUAUCAAUCAAAUGCGAACACGUGUCAAAAAUUUACGCCAAUGAGCCGGUUCUCAUGCGAAUGCAGAUCGACUGCAUUUCUCCAUGGCCUGUUUUUAUCGAAAAUACCACGUUCGCUUUGCAGAAGGAGCAAGUUUCUUGGAACGAAGACAAAUGUCUAUCUUGUUUGAAGGAUAAGAUUUUAAGAAACAAGGAAAUUGGCACCGAAGUUGUUUCCUUCACGGUGAAAAAUACGCCGGAUGAUAAUUCCGUAUCAUUGGGAAUGUUUUCUUUAUUUUGGAGAAGAGAAAAUUUUGAUAAAGAGAUGGCUGUUUGUACCGAAGUGCAAUUACCUCAAGUGAAAGUGGAAAAGUUACCCCUCUAUAUCGAUAUAGACAUAUCUUCCCCUGGUUGGGUAAGAACUCCGAUGCCUUUGAAAUUAGUCUUGCAGAAUAAUUCCGAAGAAUUGAUGUCGUUUGAUAUCAGCGUCGAGCAUAAUGAAAUCGAUGCAUUCAUGUUUUCCGGAUGUAAACAAAUGAGUUUUAACAUCAUACCUGGCGGGAAAUAUCCUAUUUAUUAUAACUUGUUUCCAUUACAAGCCGGAAAUAUUCCAUUACCGUAUAUUAAACUAACUAUUCACUCGGAUUUGAUAUCUCAGACAGAUCUCGCUGAUUUAAUCAAAAGAACUUUACCAUCUUCGCUGUUCGUUAUGCCCCAAAGAAAAGGCAACGAAGCGAAUAUCAAUUGUUUAAUGAAUGGAAGCGAACCUUAGAAUGCUGGUUGUUGAUUUUUUAAUAAUACUUACCUAAUCUGUGUUAUAUGUUAUUCGUAUUUUUAUGAUUAUUGUUUUGUAUACUUUCGAAUAUAUUUAUUCUUGUAUUGUA